AUUUUGUCUGGGGUCUCGGCUCUGGCUGAGGCCGGCUGAAGACGGCUGGGGACGGCUGAGGAGCGACGCCGCUCCAGGAUAUGAAAUAUGGAAAGUCCAGACAGAAAAAGACAGAAGGUUUUAAAGGCCAAGAAAACAAUGCCUACAAGUUGCCGGAAGCAGUUGGAGAUCCUGAACAAGUCAACGAAUGUUGAAGCUCCAAAAACAACAGUUGGAACUAAUAUUCCAAAUGGCCAUAAUCAGAAGAUGUUUUCAGAAAACAAAGAAAAUGUUAAGGUCAUGAAAGCUUCAGAGCAAAUUAAUGAAAAUGCUUGUGAGGCUCUGGAAAGUCAUACAGCACUGCUAGAACAGGUUAAACAUUGGAUUCGACAGGAGAUCUGCAUGAUAAACUAUAAUUUAUUUGAUAAAAAACUGAAUGAAUUGAAUGAACGCAUUGGGAAGACCCAGUGCAAGAGUAAGCAUGAAGCAAUAGCUGGUGAACUCUUUGUAAAAAUAAGAAGACUUCAAAAGCGUAUCAAAACAGUAUUAUCAUCUCGAAAAAAUUGUUUGGAACCAAACACAUUACCCCGUAAUACAGUCUGUAAGGUUACAGAUUCAGAGGCUGUGAAUUUGAAUGUGACCCAAAAGUCAGUUAAAAGUCGAAGUAAAAGAAUAUCUUCUGUGAACCAUACCCCUUUAAACUCUUCAGAAAAAGCAGGUAGAAAGAUUAAUUUGCCAUCAGCAUGUGUAGAGUUUGCUUCUGAAAGUAACACUGAUGAUGUUAUGUUGAUUUCUGUGGAAAAUCCUAAUUUGACAACUUCAAUUACAUCAGAUCGAACAGAAAUUAGAAAAAAUACAUCAAGAAAUUUCAGCAACUCACCUAAUAGCAUGAUUAAAGUUGGGCCCGUAGAGAAGAAAUUUGAUUUUGUUAUUGACUUGACAAGAGAAGGCCUGUCCAACUACAGCAUAGAAAGCCCAUCUUUAACCCUGAAGUCAACUUCGAAAGCUGUUUUAAGAUCAAAAGAAAUAAUUCCAGUGGCAGAAAAUGGAAAUGAGGGUUUUGGUUCAUUUGAACACCUUCCACCUCUCCCAGAGCCACCAGCACCACUCCCUGAGAUGGCAGACAAAAUCAAAGAUACACUUCCUCCCCAAAAGCCUGAGCUGAAAGUGAAGCGGGUGCUGAGGCCCACAAGCAUUGCCCUGACAUGGAACAUUCCCAAGGUCAACCCCAAGUGUGCUCCUGUGGAGAGUUACCACCUCUUCCUGUACUAUGAGAACUCUAAUCAUUUGACGUGGAAGAAAGUUGCAGAAAUUAAAGCUUUACCACUCCCCAUGGCUUGCACCUUAUCUCAGAUUUUAGCUUCUACCAAGUAUUAUUUUGCUGUCCAGUCAAAAGACAUUUUUGGGAGAUAUGGACCCUUUUGUAAUAUCAUAUCUACUCCUGGGUUUUCUGAAAACCUUACCUAA